AUGGCGACUCCCUUCAUUCCGCAACCAGGCUCACCUAUACUCAACCUUCCAGGAGAGCUUCGGAACAAGAUCAUUCGAAAUGUAUUCAAGUACGAGGACCCAAUUCUACUAACACCUGCGCGAGCCACCUACGGCGACCUGAAGUUGAUGCAGGAUUGGUACAUGGCUAGUUCACUCUUUAUCCAUGGCAAACGCCGAAUGCGACAAGCAGAGAACCCACCCACUAUCCUGAUGCGUUUCGAGUUGUCAGAGCGAGAAGAUCUUUCAAACCUUUGGAUCCCGAUAGCCAACAUCAUCGUGGCAACGGUCACUUUCCCUUUGAACACGGAGUUGCGGAUUGAUUUGAUUCGACUUGACUUGCCCGUUCGCGUCAAAGUUGCGGUCAAAACGGCAACUCUUCACAGACUUCAACAGCAGCUCCUUGUCUUUCUUGCUGACGUACUGGAUUUUCAUCCAGGCCAGGGUGCUCAAGUCUGUCCAGGCGUUAUGAUUCAUGGAAACUUCAUGAUUCAGGAAGCCGAGUGCGAGCGAGAGAACGGGAGCAAGUUCCUAGUUAGGAACGAUAAUUCCGAUCUCAAUUCGGACGAGAUGGAAGAGGAGGUUGAUCUGUGCAUCAACAAACUGAUCGAACGUGAUGAUUCUGUUACAGCAGCAUAUCUCCCUCCUCUCGCAAGGAAGGAGCAUGGGGUUUAUACCUCGUUUGACCUGGAUGCGCCGCAUGAUCCCUCAUUGCAAGGAGUGGCUGUACGGCUUGCUUGCUGCUUGCAGGAAGCUAGUAUAGCUCGUUAA